AUGAUGUAUUCACUGAUAUCCGUAGUUUCUGUUCUGUUACUAGGAGUUGUGUCCUGUGAUCAGGAGCCUCCAAAGAUUCCAGAUAAUAUUACAAGAAUAAUUUUACAUAUACUUGAAAGUGAUGAUUUCAGUCAAGCAGUAACACCAAUAGUGGAGGAUAACGACGAUACAGAUAAAACCGACCGAGAAAGGAGAUCUAUUAGACAUGGCUACCAUUCACCUUAUGUUGUUGGAAACUAUCCUUAUUCCGACCCAUUCUAUACGCCGAGUACUAGAACUGGUAACAUCAACAAUGGUGUUCUAGGAACAGGUGGAGCUAUUAAUACUGGUUAUCUGGGACAAGGUCCUUAUGGCGCAUACACCAAUAACGGAGCUGUGACCAACACACUUGGUGGACCAAUCAAUAACUAUGGUACAGUUAGCGGUCUCAACAACGGACCAGUGACAAAUUUUAUAAGUAAUUUUUAUCCAGGAGGAUGGUAUUCCAGAUCAGGGGAGAUUACUCGAGAUUAUUACAGACAAGGCAGUUAUGCGAACGCCUUAUCUUAUUUCAGGGUAUUACCUUUACAGCAAGUCAGUCCAUUAGUGAAUACUGGUUACCCUGGGUAUACAGGCCUAUAUACAACAGGGCGUAACUCUUACUCUGUUAACGUCUGUAGAAAUUGUUAUGGUGGUACCUCCGGUAUUGGAGUACGAUCUAAUCUGGAACCCUACAACUUCCUGGAGAGACGAUUCUUAUUUGUUCCAGAAUUCAACCCCGGUGUUUACAGAACAACCGGAUGUGUCAGAAACUGCAAUGUUGGAUUAUAA